CUGUGAUUGAAGAAGAUGAGCUAACGACGAUCUCGGAGGUUCAUGCGGGAGCGCGUUUGAAUGGCGACGUCCAAUUUAAAAAUCACAAUAUGCAACUUGAGAUUGCUAGAAAACAAACAGACACAAAAUCUGAAAAUCUCACUGCAAGAGAAUGGAAUGUUGAUUGCUAUCAUUCUACCGUUGAUGUCCGGAGAUUUAAACAUUGUAUUAUUAACACUCCAUCUUCACCAUCUGGGGAUGCCUUCCUUUCAUUAGAUCAGCCGGGUAUCGAGAGUCCAAACGAAAUUCACCAAUACAAACAGAGACAAAAACCGAUCAAUCAAAUGGCAUACGAAGAAGAACGUAAAAAAUCUGCAUCAAAAAAUGAUUUUUUCAUUCUCUUUACGACUGCAGAAAAUUGCAAUGUCAAACUUCCGAAACACUCUGGAAUUGUAGAUGGAAAAGUUUUUAGGGACUAUUUUGGACCAUUUGCUGCCAGAGCAUACAAGUCCAUUAUGGCCAAGUCCACGAUCCCUAUCCGUGAUAAAGUCAAGAACAUCCAUACCACUUCUCAUGGGAAUCUUUGCAGAGUAAAUCAAAUUAACAAAGAACAAGCAAAAACGAUCAUAUUAAUAAAACCAUUUGAAAAAAUCGCGGUCGCAAAUGUAAAACCAAAACUACCAAUAGAUUUUUAUUUCAGAAAGGGCCUUCAUACGAGUCGACAAAAGAAUAAAGAGCUUGAGGCUAAGCUUGCAGUAGUGAAACAAAGUUCUGUGGCAGUGAAUAGACAACCACAGAAUGACUCACGUAGUGAGGAUACUAACACAUCCAAGGAAGUAAUACUAGAGAUAUUACCAGAGGUAUCUGCUGAUGAUGAUUCCGUAGUAGACCAGCUCAAGCAACAUGCGCCUGUUUGUAAAGCAAAUGAUGUGGUAUCAGAAGUGUUACCAGAGGUCAACUCCAAGUCACCGGAGGAGAGAGAGAUGGAUAAAUUCUUGAAUGAGGCACAUAAAAAAAAUGUUAGUGAUAAAAUAAGGCAACCCAAUAAGGAGAAGAAGCUUCAACGUGAUUUGACUGCUCAGAAUCUGGCUACUGCCAGCUCGGGGAAUGACCAGAGUCAUAUGAUUUCAGAAAAUUCGGAAAGUCUUGAGGAAAUCAUGACAAAUUUGUCACGAUCAGACUAUGUAUAUACAAAUACCUCCGAAGUAUCAGGAUUGGAGCAGGAUGACUAUAUUAACGUGGUUGACACAAGUCAAAUCAUAGAACAAGGUUUAAUUCAAUAA